GUUUCAGAUGGCCCUAAAAGACGAAAUAAAAUUUGAAAAAGAAGUUGAUCGCAUCGAAGCUGAGUUAGGCGACGAUCAUCUAGUGCGAAUGCUGCAAUACUUGACGUCAAGUUCACCAGAAGCCAGUCAGGGCUUGUUAGAUUUGCAUUCGGAGUGCCGAAACGUCAUAUCAAAGUUGCCGCCGAUGAAGAGUGAUAUGGACAGCACGAAGAAGAGGACACAGUCACAAGGAACGAUAAAUAACAGACAGCGCACAGUUCCUUUACCACCGCGACCAAGUCGAGUGAAAACGGAGAAGCCACGAAUUAUGCUGACGAAGAGGACAAAUUCAAUUCCAGCGAAUACAAAGAAGAGCAUAGCAACCUGAUCUUAUAUUAUAAACGGGCUGAAUUAACCAAGAAACCAUAUACCUAUCUGAACG